GAAAUAGGGCAAACCACAGAAAAGAAAAAAUAAUGGGAAUCUUUUUUUCACAUGAGAAACGUAACCAAACGCUCCUUCUUUCUUCAACAAUUAUCAUCAUCCAAUCCCACCAGAUAUUCAAAUUCCAUCGUCAAUUCCCCUGUUUGGCUACAAUCUGCAUAUUCCGCACAAUGCACCAGUCUUCACCAUCUCUCUAAGAUUAGGGUUUCCAAAACCUCUCCCUCAUCCUUCUAUAUAUCAUCUCCUUCAUAUUCAUCUUCUGCAUCAUCAUCGUCGUCGUAUUCAAAGAUGGGACUUCUUGUAUGGUAUUUGGGUAAGCUCGAGUCUCGUCCUCUGCUCACUAAAAGCGCCACUGCCUCAUUUAUGUUCGCCGCUGCUGAUUUGACCUCCCAGCUGGUGAACCAGGGAGUGGAUUCUUCAUUAGUGGAGAAACUGAAAUAUGAGAUUGAAGAAUUCUACAAGCUCCCUAUGGAAGAGAAAAUGAAACAUAAGAUGAGGCCUGGUGAUGUUGAAAGGAAUACCUUGGAAUCAUACUUUUCUGAGUUGCAAAAACUUUCCAAAACAAUUCUUGGGUUGAUGGCAAAGGCUCUACAGAUUGAUGAGGAAGAGGUAGAAGAGAUGUUUGAAGAUGGGAUGCAAUCAGUGAGGAUGACUUACUAUCCACCAUGUCCAAAACCAGAGCUGGUUGUUGGCUUUACACCGCACUCGGACGCUUCUGGCAUCACCAUCCUUCUCCAAGUCAAUGGAGUGGAAGGCCUCCAAGUUAGAAAAGAUGGAUUUUGGAUCCCUACAAACUUCCUUCCUUGUGCCUUUAUGGUGAAUGUAGGAGACUUUCUAGAGAUCUUUAGCAAUGGUGUCUAUCGCAACAUUGAGCACAGGGUGACAGUAAAUCCAUUGGAAGAGAGGAUCUCUAUUGCUAUGUUUUUCAAUCCCAAAUUCCAAGCAAAGGUUGGACCUACAGCUCGUACUAUAAACCCAGAAAACCCACCAUUGUUCAAAAGGGUGGAGAUGGAGAAGUGUGUCAAAGAUUUCUACUCCCAUAAGCUCAAUGGAAAGUCAUUCUUAGAGCGAAUGCAAAUUGAAAUUGAUGGUGAUCAUGAACUUGCUCAACAAAUAAAAUGGUGUAAUAUAUUGAGGUUUGAAGUUAAAUUUUAUAAAAUUGUGUCUUGUUUAAUGUUGUUAUAAAUAAAAUGGUGUGAUCGAUGUAUAUUAUGGUUUGGAGUAUAUGUGUUGUAUAUAAGUCGUACCACAUUGCUGGUGGGAUAAUGUUGUUAUAAAUAAAAUUGUUUUAUGUACUUGUUGGUUUGGAGUUAAAUCUUGUAAAUGGUAUUAUGGUACCUCUUGUAUGUAAAGUUAUACUAGUCUCUAUUACAUUGAUGAAUUUUAUGG